AUGUUAAGGAGAUCUCCGUAUGCAGCUGAUAUUAGCGGGUUGACUGGAAUUCGGUACGAUUCUUGUUUGAAUCCACAAUUUGUUAUUGCUGAAGCAGCAAGUUCAUUUGCGAAGGAACAGGUUGUGUUAAUAUGUAGUUGUUCGGUUUCUGCAGAUAUGUUUCGGUAAUUUUUUCACCUUUUGGAACAUAAUAUGAUUAGUAUGAUGCCCCUAAGAAACGCAGAAGUGUUUCUUUUAGUUAAUAGAAUAAACUGUUCUUUAAACAUGUAUAGUAAGUGACUUUAGUGUGGCAUGCAAUAAGGCCUUGAUGAACAUGAACUCGGAGAAAGUUCGGUUUAUCAACCCGACCGUUGUGGACUUUGGUGCGCCUAUCUCUGAAAUAUUGAUAAAGGUAUAUUGAACUAACGAUUUCGUUUAAACACUCAUUUAGAGCUUGUGCGAAGAAGGUGCGAGGCUAAACGGGGCGAGAUGCGUUGUAAUACUGGAUAAUUUGACGUUGAUUUGUGGAUCCGAAGUUGAAGAAAAGAUAAAAUUUGUACAUAAUGUUCUGUCAACUGUUUCUGAUGAUUCUACCGUAGUCUACACAGAUCCAGCUUCCAAGUUGCCUAUUGAUCACGAUGUUUUCAUUGAUCUAACUUCUGUUGGCUCGUCGUUUGGAAAGAAGGUCACAGGCAGGGUAUGUUAUUCUAUAAACUGAAAAUAUGGCUCACAAUUAUUUUUUUAUUUAUGACAAAAUUACAUUUCAGUUGGAUUUAAUCACGCAGACAGAAUCUGAUCCGAAGCCACAAUUUAAGAGCUGGCAUUACUGCAUGGGGGAACGGUCGGUACAAUUGUUUCAUCCAGGCAACGCUGAUGUUAUGUAA